UAAUUUGUAAUUCUUUCAUAGCUAGGCAGCAGACUUACACCCAUUUUUGCUGAAGUUUCGAGACUUGGCUAUUUUUUGGUACACGGUGAAAAGGUUUCGUUGACUUUCGAACGCUUAACUCAUCCCAAGAAUCAUCAAAAUGCCGAGAGACUUCAAAGCACCCGUCAAUGUGUCACCGCUCAUCAGGUUUGGCAGAUGGAGCUUCCUGUUGUUAGGGGUGACCUAUGGAGCUACCAGACAUAGUUAUCUUCAAAAGAAAGAGGAUAAAACAAAGGAAACUCGUCAUCAAAAGAUUGCUGAAAGAGAAGCCAGGAUUGCUGCAGAAAAGAAAAAAUAUGCUGAUGAUGAAAUCAAAGAUUUGGAUGUUAUGUUCAAUCCACCAAAGACUGUUACAUAAAGAACGAAUGGCAGAUAUUUAGAUUAAAAAUAAUAAAACAAUUGUUUCUUAUUGAUAUGUUCUAUAUCCUAUAGUAUACAUUUUUAUGUUUCUAAUUAUUGUAGUUAUUACACCACAUAAAUUAUUUUAAUGUGCAGAUAAAAUGUAUUCAUAUAAGAAGUUUGUACCAUAAAAUACAUGUUUUCUCAGAACUCAAAGAGAUUCUUUUAUUAAAUAUAAAUUUAAUAAAACACAUGUAUUGAUUAUGUAUUAAUCACAUUCAAGAAAAUAAAAUAUACUUCAACCAAGCUUUUCAAUAAUUA